AUGAUGCCCAUUGAAGAUCAGUCACAAAUUGGCAGCUGCACAGCAAACUGUCUUGCCGGUGCCUAUGAGUAUGUAACGAAAAAAGGUAACGAUCAGGACAUAGCUGUCAGUCAUCUGUUCAUCUAUUACAAUGGUCGUGCCAAAGAAAACCCAUCGGCCAUAACUGAUUCUGGUUGUACAAUGACGAAUAGCAUUGAAACGCUGGAAGAAUUUGGAGUUUGUCUCAAAUCAAUUUGGCCAUAUGAUAUUUCGCAAAUGAAUACAAAACCAAACGGUGAAGCCUAUCAAGAUGCAAAGGGUCAUAAAAUCAUCGAUGCAUUGCAAGUGGACAUCGAUUUGACAGAGAUGAAAUCAUGUUUGGCACAAGGCUUUCCAUUUGCGUUCGGCUUAAAGCUUUUUCCAUCGUUUGAUAAAGCAGGAAAAACAGGCGUUGUUCCGAUGCCGAAUUCAACGGAUGAAAGUCGACAGUCGGACAGCAGUCACGCACUUCUAGCAGUCGGAUAUAGUGAUCGAUCACAAUCAUUUAUUGUUCGAAAUUCAUGGGGAGAAGAUUGGGGCGAUAAAGGAUAUUGUUAUAUUCCGUACAAUUAUGUGGCUAAUUCUGAUUAUUGUUUUGAUGUAUGGACUGUUCGUCAAUUGGAGACCGAUGAUUUUGGCCAAGACCAUUGGGAUAAUGAUGAUUCAGUUAAUUAUCAACAGGUCAACAACAAUGACGAUGACAAUGAUAACGAUAACAAUCAUGACAUCCAGAAUAUUGACGAGGAGGACGAUGGCACUGCGAAGUAG